AUGGCGUUGGUGCGGGCUAGGCCGCAGCGCAGGUGUCAUCCUGCGGAGGUGCAAUUGCGGUCCAAAGUGAAGCGGGCCAGGGGUCUCAGUCCCCCCAUGCCUGUGGCAUCUGUCGCGCCUUCUGCUUCAAUUCCAGGCAACCACAUCACCCCCCUGUAUUUAGAUGGUCAUGGGUUUACCAGCCAGCCACGACUUGUCCCCCCAACAAUACCUCAGCAACAAAGCUACCAACAAGCUGCUGUGGCUGCUCAGCAAAUUCCCCUCUCCCUCCACACUUCACUGCAAGCCCAGGCUCAGCUCGGGUUGAGGGGUGGUCUUCCGGUUUCACAGUCCCAGGAGAUCUAUAGCUCCAUCCCACCCUUUAGGUCUCAGGUCUAUAUGCAUCCCAGCUUAUCCCAGCCCAGCACGAUGGUCCUGACAGGAGGCACGGCCUUGAAGCCGCCCUAUUCCGCCUUCCCGGGUAUGCAGCCUUUGGAGAUGGUGAAGACGCAGUCGGGGUCCCCUUACCAGCCAGUGAACGGCAGCCAGGCUCUUGUGUAUGAGGGUCACAUCAACCAGGCAUCAGCCAUGGGACCAUCCCAAAUGAUGGACUCGCAGCUUACACAGCUAACGAUGUCAAUUCCGGGAAAGUUCCCGCUUAGGCCCACUUUCAUUUAUAAGACAACGGGAGCUGAGCCUAAAUUAACAGAGCAGAAACUAUGA